AUCAAUUUAGGUUUGCUCUCUUCCCUUCCCAUCCCAGUUCGUUUGAGUGUAGCAAGAUGGCAAAAUUGAUCACUGUGUUAUCAAUAUUUCUAAUUGUAUUGAUAUCCAAAUGCAAUUCCUUGAUGCCAUUUUCAACUAUACAUUGUAAAUCAAUUAUAACUGAUAUGAUGGGGGAGUGUAAACCAUAUUACAUGGACCACAAUUCACCACCAUAUGAUUCAUGUUGUUCUGCUGUUGAAUAUAUUAUAACUACUUCUUACGGUUGCAUUUGUGAUAUUAAAUUGGAAGAAAUCGACAAUUUACCUUUCGAUGCCACAAACACGGCCAACUUGCUUACUCUUUGUGGAGUAUCCCUCCCCUGUCAAGUGCAUGUUAGUACCACUGCUCCAUCCCUCGUUGAUGCUCCUAAACUAUAUGCUUUAGAGAGUUUGGUUUCCAGUUUGGCUCCUAAAAGUGCAAGUUCAUCACAGCCCCCUCCACAACAGAGUUCAAAGUCACUUUCAAGUUAUGCUCCAAAUUCUCCAUUGUUACUGACAGCACCAGCACCAAUGCAAGAGGCAAAUGACAAUGAUGUGCCAGCUCCUCCAUCACCAAAUCAAGCGCCAAUACACGUGCCAGAUGACGGUUCAAUCCAUUUUUUUCUAUUGUUAAUUUUCUUGGCGUCGGUUUUUGUGAUAUUUAGCUUGAUUAAAGUUAAUGCAGAUGCUUAUGCACAACGAACAAAUACGACAUAGAGACGGACAUGUCGACACCAAAUGGUUGUGAAGGCUUUCAAUCAUGCUGUUGGUAUUCCUUGGAGAAUGCAAGCUAGAUGGCAAAAUUGUUUGCAAAUUUGCACCCAUAUCACUUGUAAAUGCACUCACAUUCUUAGAGAGGGAAACUUAGUAGCUGAUUCCUUAGCUAAAAAUGCACAAAAUCAUGCUAUGUUCUCCUCUCAGUGGUGGGAGCUUCCUCCCACUUUUGUGCAGUCUUUGCUUUUUAGAGAUAGUUUAAGUUUGCCUUUUUCUAGAAUUUCUAUGGACUAAUCUUUGUUAUAGGUUCAGGCCUCUCCUGUUUUUUUAAUAAAUUUUCUUGCUUGAUCAAAAGGCAUGUGACAGUAUAAACAUUUAGUAGCACAAUGGAAAGUG